GCCACACGUGUCACCCACCCAUCAGCCCAACAUUUAUCCACCUCUCCCUAUAUAUAUACGGGUCCCCGAACUUCUCGCCCAACUAUUCCAAUUCCACCACACAAAUUCAACCUCAACAUUUUCAAAUUUCCAUUCUCCGAAACCCCAAAAAAACCUAACCCAGUUAUUAGGUGUUGUUGUUUAGUUUUUCCUAACCAAGUAGUUAUUGAAUGACAAACGCACACGGUGGCGCCAUGUUAGUAGAGCGAAAUACAAACAGCACCGUACGCAGACAAAAAUUCGGAGCCUUGUUGCACUCCGAACCGACGUCGCUUUCCACCUCCAACAACGACGAUGAUGAAUUCUCCCAUAACCAACAACGGCACAGCAACGCCAGCCCCAGAAACUACGCCGAUAGCAGCACCACAAGCAGCAACAAUGCCUCUCCCAACACCAUGUCUCCGUGGAGCUACCAACCCAACAACAACUCUUCUUCUCCUCUCGAUAAAUCUCCGUGGAUAUUGCCUUCUUCACCGGCGAUAAACCACUUCCACCACCACCAUGACGAUACCGAAAACGGCCUCUUCGGAUCUAUCGUCCGCCAGGAGGGCCACAUAUAUUCCCUCGCCGUUUCCGGGGACUUGCUUUACACCGGCUCCGACAGCAAGAACAUAAGAGUGUGGAAGGAUCUCAAAGACUUCGCGGGAUUCAAAUCAAGCAGCGGAUUGGUGAAAACGAUUGUUAUCUCCGGCGGGAAGAUCUUCACCGGCCAUCAAGACGGGAAGAUCAGAGUGUGGAAGGUUUCGUCGAAGAAUCCGCGCAACCAUAAACGUAUCGGGAGCUUGCCGACGUUCAAAGAGUACGUGAAGAGUUCGAUGAAUCCGAAGAACUACGUGGAGGUUCGGCGGCACCGGAACGCGGUGAAGGUGAAGCACUUCGACGCCGUUUCGAGCCUGAGUUUGGACGAGGAGGAAGGGUUGUUGUACUCGGGGUCGUGGGACAAGACGCUCAAGGUGUGGCGCGUGGAGGAUUCAAAGUGCUUGGAUUCGAUUAACGCGCACGAGGACGCCGUGAACGCGGUGGUGGCGGCGUUCGGAGGGUGCGUGUUGACGGGCUCCGCGGACGGGACGGUGAAGGUAUGGAGGAGGAAGAACGACGGGAAGAAGGCCAAGCACGUGCUGGACCGCGUUUUGCUGAAGCAGGAGAACGCGGUUACGGCGCUGGCGGUGAACCGUUUGGCAAAAGUGGUUUAUUGCGGUUCUUCUGAUGGGUUGGUGAAUUUCUGGGAGUGUGACCAGAAAGGCGGGUUCUCACACGGCGGCGUUUUGAGGGGGCAUAAGCUCGCUGUUCUCUGUCUCGCUGCGGCGGGGAACCUUGUCUUUAGUGGCUCCGCAGAUAAGAAUGUUUGCCUGUGGAAGCGUGACGAACAUGGGUUCCACACGUGCCAUUCGAUUCUGACGGGGCACACUGGUCCUGUUAAGUGUAUUGCUGUGAGGGAAGAAAAACCGCCCCCGGAGGAGCCUUGCGAGAAGAAGGAUCAACGGUGGUUUGUGUACACCGGGAGCUUGGACAAGUCCGUGAAGGUGUGGUGCGUGUCUGAACAAGCGCCGGAGGCGAGCAUGUUCCAAAGCUGGGCCACACCGGGUCAUGCCGGUUCACCGGGGAAAAUUAGUGUUAGUUCAUCACCUGCGUGGAGUUAUUCAUCGCCGAGAAGAAUUGGUGUUACUUCCGCAACAGGUGGAUUCGGCUAUUCCUCACCCGGAUCUAUCAGGGUCAAUUCCUCUUCCUCCCCAUUUCGAACAAGUUAUUCUUUGCCCAGAAUAUUCAGUGUUAGCAAUGACAGUGGAAACAGCAACGGCAAUGGUCAUAGUACUAAAAGUUUUGAUAAUGGCAAUAACAGCAGAACCACUGAUGAUGGUGCUAAAAACAAUGAUGAUAACACUAAAAGUGAGGACAAUGGCAACAACAAUAACCACAGUGCUAAAAGCAAUGACGGUGGCAACAACAAUCCCAACAACAAUGACAGAGCUAAAAGCAUUGGCAAUGAAAACAAAGAUUGCGACAAUGAUAAUGCUAAAAGCAUUGUCAGUGGCAACAACAACCGAAACAGUGAUAGCACCAAAAGCAGUUACAAUGGUAGCAACAACCCCAACAAUGAUGGUGCUUAUAGCAAUGCCAACAACAGCCACGACACUAAUAGCACUAAAAUCAUUGGAAAUGGCAACAACAACAACAACAACAACAUUGAUGAUGCUUCUGGCAAUGGCAAGAAAAACAACAACAUUGAUGGUGCUUCUGGCAAUGGCAAGAAAAACAACAACAUUGAUGGUGCUUCUGGCAAUGGCAACAACAAUCGCAACAUUAAUAGUGCUAAAAGCAUUGGUGGCAACAACAACCGAAACAGUGAUAGCACCAAAAGCAGUUACAAUGGUAGCAACAACCCCAACAAUGAUGGUGCUUAUAGCAAUGCCAACAACAGCCACGACACUAGUAGCACUAAAAUCAUUGGAAAUGGCAACAACAACAACAACAACAUUGAUGAUGCUUCUGGCAAUGGCAAGAAAAACAACAACAUUGAUGGUGCUUCUGGCAAUGGCAAGAAAAACAACAACAUUGAUGGUGCUUCUGGCAAUGGCAACAACAAUCGCAACAUUAAUAGUGCUAAAAGCAUUGGUGGCAAUAACCGCAACAGUGAUAGCACUAAAAGCGGCGACAAUAGCAGCAACAACCGCAACAGUGAUAACACUAAAAGCGGUGACAAUGGAAACAACCACCACAACAUUGAUGUUGCUUAUGGCAAUGGCAGCACCAACCGCAACAAUGAUAGUUCUAAAAUCGGUGACAAUGGAGACAACAACCGCAUCAAUGAUAGUUUUAAAAGCAAUAGCAAUGCCAAUGGCCAUAACAACAGCAGCGACAAGAGUGGUGGUGCUAAAAGUAAUGGCAAUAGCAAUAACAACAGCAACGGUGGUGGUGCUAAAAGCAAUGACAUUGGCAAUGGAAAUAGCAAUUAUAACCGCAACAGUGAUGGUCCUAAAAGCAAUGUCAUUGGAAAUUACAACCAAAAUAGUGGUGGUAAAAGCAGUGGAAAUGGCAAUGAAAAGAGCAAUAGCAACCGUAGCAGUGGUGGUGCUAAAAGCAAUGGCAAUAGCAUCCAAAACAGCAACAGUAAUCGUACCAGAAGCAAUGCCAAUGCCAACAAUAAUUACACAAACAACCCCUUCCAAAACAAUAGCACCGGUGCCGGUGACACUCGAAACAGGAACGAGAGGCAGUUGCAAAGUAGAAAUCAAUAUUGUAAUUAAUAAUGUAAUUUAUUAGUUUGUUGCAAAAGGAAAUUAAUUAAUGUUUAGGAAGAUGUGUAUUAAUUCAAUUGCAUGUACAUAAAAGUGGAAGCAAUGUGAAGAAAGAGUAAAGGCAGGAAAUGAAGAUAGAAAAGAGGUGGAACUUACGCGGGAUAGUGAAAAUUGGACGGUUGGGUUGGGUGUGGUAAUAGUAACAGGGGGGGGGUGUUUGGGCCUUAAGAAAAGGGAUGGCCUAGUUAGGUUCCCUCCGAAGUGGAGCACUUGAAUUACUUUGGUUGCUUCUUUGAUUGAGUGAGACGCGGCAAGUUAUGCCUUGGUGCCCCAAAUGGGAGGGACUUAUGGUGGCCUAACUCGAUCAGCGUUAGACAACCCUUCGCUUUCAGUUUCAACACAGCAUCAAGACAUUUUUUGUUUCAUAAUUCCUCAAAACGUGAAAGCUUACCUUAAAUUGUGUUUUUAAGGUAUGGUCGUCAAUGGAGAAGAGGUUUUAACAUUAGGAUUUCCCCUGCUUGCAGUUGUUUGUUUAGCGUAAGUAAGUGGGAUCAAUUAGAGUUUGUAAAUGUGCUUUUCUAGCCUGUAUAUAUAUACCUUUUGCUGA